AUGAAAUGUGACUUCCUUUCUUUCUUUUUACUCUUUUUACCUAUCUCCGUCUGGUCAUAUAGCACAUGCACAGGCACGCGAACAUACACUCUCUCUCUGUCUCUCUCUCUCUCUCUCUCUCUCUCUCUCUCUCUCUCUCUCUCUCACACACACUCUCUCUCUCCUUAUAUACACUAUAGGCCAAAAUCUGUUCAUAUCUAUCUAUCUAUCUAUCUAUCUAUCUAUCUAUCUAUCUCAGUCUUUUUAUCUAUCUAUCUAUCUAUCUAUCUAUCUAUCUAUCUAUCUAUCCAUCCAUCCAUCUAUCUAUCUCAGUCUUUUUUUUUAUUUAUUUAUCUAUCUAUAUCUAUCUAUCUAUCUAUCUAUAUCUUUUUUUAUUUAUUUAUCUAUCUAUCUAUAUAUAUAUAUAUAUCUAUCUCAGUCUUUUUAUUUAUUUAUCUAUCUAUCUAUAUAUAUAUAUAUAUCUAUCUCAGUCUUUUUAUUUAUUUAUCUAUCUAUCUAUCUAUCUCAGUCUUUUUAUUUAUCUAUCUAUCUAUCUAUCUAUCUAUCUAUCUAUCUAUCUAUCUAUCUCAGUCUUUUUAUCUAUCUAUCUAUCUAUCUAUCUAUCUAUCUAUCUAUCUAUCUAUCCGUUUACUCGCGGAGCUAAUAAUUAAAGUUCGAACCCUUAACCAUUUAUAUAACCUGCAUCUUUUUCAGAAUCUUUUAAACCAUUCUUGGUCAUAG